GAUGUGUGAGCGCAGUCUUUACAGAGCGGGCUAUGUGGGCUCGCUUCUGAACCUUCAGUCGCCCGACUCCUUCUACUUCUCCAACCUGCGGCCGAAUGGAGGCCAGUUGGCCGCGCUUCCCCCCAUCUCAUACCCGCGCGGCGCGCUGCCGUGGGCCACCACACCCGCAUCCUGCGCCCCUGCGCAGCCUGCCGGUGCCACAGCCUUCGGCAGCUUCUCGCAGCCCUACCUGGCUGGCUCCGGGCCUCUUGGCCUGCAGCCCCUGGGCGCCAAGGACCGACCCGAAGAGCAGGCCAAGUUUUAUACGCCUGACGCGGCCGCUGGGCCUGAGGAGCGUGGCCGAAUGCGGCCGCCCUUUGCCCCUGAGUCUAGCCUGGCCCCCGCGGCCGCUGGUCUCAAAUCGACCAAGUACGACUACCCGGGUGUGGGCCGUGCCGCUCCAGGCUCUGCGGCUCUGCUUGAGGGGACCCCCUGCGCCGCCGGCUUCAAGGACGACGCCAAGGGCCCGCUCAACUUGAACAUGACAGUGCAGGCAGCGGGUGUCGCAUCUUGCCUGCGACCUUCGCUGCCCGACGGCCUGCCGUGGGGGGCGGCCCCCGGGAGGGCCCGCAAGAAGCGGAAACCCUACACCAAGCAGCAGAUUGCGGAGCUGGAGAACGAAUUCCUCCUCAACGAAUUCAUCAACCGGCAGAAGCGCAAGGAAUUGUCCAACAGGCUGAACCUCAGCGACCAGCAGGUCAAAAUCUGGUUCCAGAAUCGUCGUAUGAAGAAGAAGCGCGUGGUGCUGCGUGAGCAGGCGCUGGCGCUAUACUAGCCCCGAGCCUGGCCGUGGCCGGGCCUGCCCAUGGCCAGGCCUGCCUGCCUUUUUGAGCCGAAGCCUGACGUGGAGGAAGAGAUGGGACUGGGGCUUUUCCUUCCACUGCUUCUCAGCUGG